GCUGAAGUUUUUAAACUUCAUGCAGUACAGUGAUACAGAGUUUAUGCUGGGUCCUAAUCUCAACGUGAUCAUCGGACCUAACGGGUCCGGAAAAUCAACCAUAGUGAACGGAAUAUGUAUCGGUUUAGCUGGAAAGCUCAGUGUCCUGGGCCGGGCAACAACUCUAGCUGAUUAUAUCCUGGUCGGACAAGAGGAGGCAACAAUUGAGAUAGAACUGUUCCAGAAGAACGGAAAGAAUCUGGUCAUUCGUCGGAACUGGAAUAUAUCAGGAAAGAAUGUUUGGAGUAUGGACGGGAAGAAAGUAUCUGAGAAGGAGGUGAAGGAGAAAGUUUCAAAACUAAGGAUUCAAGUCGACAAUCUUUGCCAGUUUUUGCCACAGGACAAGGUUCAUGAUUUCUCGAGGCUGAAUAACAAGGGUCUUCUGGACAAUACUAUAGAUGCUGUUGGAGAUACCGGACUCAAGGAGAAACACAGGGAACUCAAGGAACUUCAGAAGGAUUUGACAGAAGGAGAGGAAAUACAUAACAGGAAGGUUCAGAUCCUAGGAGAGAAGAUCGAACAGUGUGACAAAAUGGAAGAGGAAGUAAAGGCAUUCGAAGAGAAGCGUAAACUGUUGGAGAAGAUAGAAUCCUUGUCCAAGAAGAGAGUCUGGAGUGUAUUCGAAUCUUCCAAGUUCUCCUGCUACGAGAUCAAUCAAACUUAUAAGAAAGCAAAGGAGACGAAAGAUCGAAACGAAGAGGGUUUAAAACCUCUGAAACUUGAAGUAAAUGAGCUGAAGAAGAAAAUUGAGAAGAUGACUAAUGCUAAUGUUACAGACUCGGAAACUAUCAAGGAGUGCACGAACAAGGCCAAGUUCCAGAGCCAGAGGAUUGAAGGGUUUGAGAGGGAACUGGAGAAUAUUCAAGAUCAAGCUGUUCAUAUCCGAAGACGAGAGAAAGAGAAGGAGGAAAGCAUUGAGAAGUAUCAAAGAACGAUCAGGGAGCUUGAGGCUGAAAUAUCUGAGAGUGGUGAGGAUGAAUCUCUUCUGCCGAGAAUAGAACAAGCUAAACAAUUGACCAAGGACGCUGCACGCAAAGUAGAACUAGAGAAGAAUAGUUACAGCGAGAAAAAGUUUGAAAUCAGUGCACUUGAAGCUGACCAGCGCAGAUGCCGCGACGAGCUCCGUCUUCUUGAAAGCGUGGAUAUGCGUAAACUUGAGAUUCUCAAAGCAAAGUGCCAGGAUGCUUACAAGGCGAUUGAGUGGUUGAGGAGCAACAAGGACUCCUUCAAAGCUUCAGUUUACGAACCAUUCAUCGUCUGCGGGAACGUGAUAAACCCCGACUACGCUAUCUAUAUCGAGAACAGCAUCGCGCUCAAGGAUCUCACCAUAUUUUUCUUCGAGGACGUGGAGGACUUGAACAGAUUCCUCAACCAGACUAGAUCAGUCAUGAAACUGGAGAGGGUCGGAGCUGCUCUGGUUCCCUCCCGGAGCGCGGAUGAGUUCAUUGCUCGGACUCCACCGGAGCAACUUCAGGGUUACGGGUUGAUUUCCUAUCUCAAGGAGAUGGUUCAAGCUCCAGAUAAAGUUCUAGCUUACAUGUGUCAGCAGUACCAACUACACAACACUGCUGUAUUUCCCCCCUCCUCGGAGAAGCAUAGCGACCAGAUUUAUCAGCAAUUUGGAAUUUCUAAGUAUUUCUUCGGAGUUAAAUGUCUGUCGGUCAGCCGGUCAGCGUACUCCGGCAAACCAUCUACUCAGACAACGGAGAUACGUUCUCAGAAAACCCUGGGGGCCAGCUUAGAUCAGGUAAUCUUUCAUUGUUCGUAACUUUUGAUUUAAACG